AUGACUAUUUCCGACAACCCUGUGGUUCUAGUUACCGGCGCUAGAAUCGGACGGACGUUGGUAGAAACCUUCCUACUCCGGCCUAAGCACACUGUUAUUGCCAGUGUCCGCGACACAGCUGCAGACUAUGUCAAGGAGCUAGAAGCCUUGCCCAAGGCUGAUGGCGCGCGUCUACAGCUAGUAAAAAUUGAAAGCAGCAACUCGGCCGACCCGACGGCGGCCAUCAAGGAUCUCACAGAUAUUGACCACAUCGAUGUCGUGGUAGCUAAUGCCGGCGGAGCCGGUGAAAAAGGGAUCAUCCCCCUGGACGUGGUGAGCUCCGAGAUUGUGACUGACGUAUUUACCGUAAAUGCCCUCGGCCCCCUGGCCCUGUACCAGGCUGUCAAGCCUUUGCUGGAGAAGUCCCAGGCCCCCAAGUGGGUGUCUGUCACCAGUGCUGCCGGUUCGAUUGGCCGACUUGAGCUUCAUAGGGCUCACGUCGCUCCGGCAUACGGAAUCGCCAAGGCAGGUUUGAACUGGAUCACUACUGCCAUCCAUAGUGCCAACAAGGGCUUCAUCGCCUUUUCUGUGCAUCCCGGCCUCGUGCAAACGGAGAGCGGUAACAGGGCUGCUCGCGGGAUGGGCCUUCCCCAGGCUCCCAACUCCCAGCGCCAGAGUAUCGAUGCUAUUCUGGGCCUGAUUGAUAAUGCGACCCGAGAGACUACCUCCGGCAAGUUCUUCAACGUCAUCGAUGGCACGGAGAUCGCGUGGUAG